CAGCAACGCACGGUGAAAAUCGCUGUGUCCCUCUUAACAUGGCGGCGCGCAUGGGUGUGUGUACUGCUGUUUAGGACGCGUGCGAGUUUUCGUUUGAGAAACUCCCCGAGUUCGCCGUACGACACGAAAUGUCACACGUCACUUGCGCCGUACGUGGGUGUCGGAGUCGCAAGUUGCGCGCUAAACGGGUAUCGUAUCACGUGCUGCCCGCUGACCCGAACAGGAUAAGCCUCUGGGAGGAGGCCGUGGGUCGCUCCCUGCCGUCUUUCGCUCACAUCUGCUCCGCGCACUUCAGAGCCGAGGACUACAGGCCUCCGCCUCUGCAUGGCAUUCUAAAGCGAAGACUUUUGAAAAACACGGCUGUGCCAUCCGUCUUUAAGCGUACCAAUCGGAGCAAGGUUCUACGGGACAUACCUGUGGCCCCAUCUGUGGACAACGUUGCCAUAACCCCUUCUGUGGACAACAUUGCCAUAACUGAUGACUUGGGAGCAAAUGUGGAAGUCGGUGAACUGUUUGGUACUACUGAAGCUUAUAAGCCGGCUCCAUGUAAGUGUGCUUCAAGGCAACGCGCUGGCACCAGUGAAGUGGUGACACAAACACGGGACGAUCUGAAGGAUACAAUUCCCAAUGCUUCUGUCCUGAGCCAGCCACACGACGAGCACGCGUAUGCAUCCAGGUGGUGUCCUCCAACAUGCGUCGCUGCAGGCACCCAGGUCAAUUUGUUUCUAUUCAAAUCCAGCAAGAAGGACCGUGGAUCACAGACAGAUAUUUACAUGUAUCGGGACUACGUGAAGAAAGUUGCUUCUGCACGUAAAAAAGCCUCGAGUGAGAAUGUUCCGACGCAUUCUUCGUGUUGCCACUCCAGGUUUGGCUACACUGGCAGGACCCUAUCUUCGUAUGGCCGGAGGAUUGGCUACCCCUCCCGUUCAAAACAUUCAUGGCCCCAGAAAGGCUGCUGCUGCUGCAAGUGACAAAGGCUGCCAACCACGGGAUGUGCAUCAAGCAGCGGAUGGCACCGAUGUUAUAUACGUGCUGCGUUAAAAUGCCGCUGAUUAUGGAAUGUGCGUUGAACAGCGGACCACAUCUGAGCGAUACCUACACAGAAACACAGCGUACCCACAGUGCUUACGUCCAAGCCGGUAUCGACAUCCAAAGGCAGUGGACAGUGGGAUGUGUGCCAAUCAGCAUACAGCAUCUACAUGGCAUGCGCGCUACAUCUGAAUCCAGCAUACUGUGGGAUGCGUGAACCACAGAAGAGAGCCACGUGAUGUGCGCGCUAUGUCAAAUCGCGGUGGAUUAUGCGUUGUGCAUCUCGCGGCAGACCACUUCCAUGUGAGGUGCAUGCUCCAACCGAAUUCGGUGGACCAUGGGAUGUGCUCAAAAAAGUGAACACAACAGCGGUACAGUGCGUGUGUAGUAUCCAAGUACUGUAACAUCCUGGCCUUAUCCCCUUGGACUGGUGUAAUGCAUUAAAAAGAAUUUGUCCUCUGCCAAUACUGCCGUGCUUUCGUCGCUUGCUGUGCGAUGCACAACUGGUAACAUUGAACAUGCGAGUCAAAGUGAAGACAAGUAGGUAAAUGUCUUCAUUUGGUGGCUCUACCUCCCGACAUGUUCAAGAAAGAAUGUAAGAAUAAUUGUUGGGGUUUUACCAGUUUUAUGUCCCAAAACCACGAUAUGCUUAUGAGGGACGCCUAGUGGAGGGAUCCGGAAAUUUCGA